CUGACUUUCUCGCGCGCUCAUCGCUCUGCGUGACAAAGUUCCGUCCCAAGUCUCAUCCACCGAUAGAAGACGCCUCCGCUGGCGCCUCACUUUAUCCUCACAUGGCGGCUCGAGAGCCCGAGACCAACGGGCUUGCACCCGUCGACGGCAGAAACGACGAUGUAGAGGCGGGCGAGGAUGCGCCUCUGCUAAGCAACGGCGCCGAUGGCGAGAGAGCAGCAGGAUGGUCCCACUAUCCUAGACAGCUCUUGUCGCGCACGUCGCAGUAUGUCCACGGGAUCGCAUCAUCGGCAUACAGCGCCACCACCAACAAGGGCAAGCAGCGCAGCACCGACGAGCAAACCGUCGAAGCUGGCCCAGCCGCUGGUCCUUCACCCCGGCCAAGCAUGAAGGAGAGGGUUCGCAAGUUCAAGGCGGGACAUCCAGGCAUCUUCUGGACCAUUGUCGGCCUCCUCAUUGCCAUUGGCGUUGUGCUCCUGCUCCUGCUCAUCGCCGUCGCUCACCUCUUUCUUAUCACCCUCCGGUCUCCCAACGAGGCCGUCCAGCAACGAAUCAUUGCCCGUUCCCUCAACGUCGACGGGCCCGAUAAGGUCGAGCUUCUCAAUCUCACAAGCGAAGGUGUCUACGUCCGCAUCGACGGCCGCAUUGGCCUCGAUGGCGACGCUGCUCUGGACGAAUGGCUCGGACCGCGCAAGGAAAAGGGGCUCUGGAAGCGCAAAGAGAGAGACCUUAUCGAAUGGGUCUUUUCCAAGGUCAAGGGCGCAGAGGUCGACGUGGGUCAAGUCGCACUCCGAUCACCUGACUGGAGCGUCAAGAGAAAAGUGGAUGAGGUCCAUCUGCUUCCCGAGGGCGAAGACGGCGAUGACGGCAAGAAGAUUAAGUCACUCGCCCGCCAGGAGCCCACCGACCUCAUCACAUUUGACAUUGAGCCCCUGCUGGUGCCGCUUCCUCCUCUCAAGGGACACGGCGUGACGUCGCUCGGCAACAAGGACGAAGCUCCGGAAGCUGAGACGCCCCUGAGCUUGACGAUUCUCCUCAAGCCAUCCGCUCCCGACCUGCUUGUCUUCGCUCAAAAUGCCAUCAAGAACAAGCGCGCCAUUCUCGACUUCAACGUGCACUCGGUUCGCGUCCGUGGACUCAGCCAAAAGGAGUGGACGGCAGGCGAGGUUGGAAAAAAGCGCUGGAACGUGCCUGGCUGGGUCGACCUGGCCAUGGGCGACAUCUGGAAGCGCUUGGGUCAGGACAUUCCCAAGCUCGACAACAAUGGCACCGGCACCGAUGACUUCCUCAACCUGACCAGGUACGACUUUUUCGAGAUCGGAAAACCAAAGGACAAGCUGGAGCUGCAAGACGAUGGUGACUUGGUCGCAACGGCAUCAAGGGCUUUGGGCAUCAAGGCUUAUGCUGAGGCAAAGAAUCCGCUGGGUAAGCUCCUCAAGGGUUACGUUGGCUACAGCCUACCCUUUGGCGUCUUUCUGCCCAUCGAAGACAACAAGGACAAGAACAACAAUGGGAGCAGCCUCUUCAGCAAGCCUCCCAGCACGCAGCCAAAGGAUACCGUCCUUCUCGCAGCGGUGGCAACAGAGCCCAUCGAGAUCAAUGGCCAGGACAAGAUCCCCUUGAAGCUGACAGGCAGAGUCGUUCCCCCUCCUCAGUCCGUGCUAUCCUCGGAGGAGGCUGAGCCAGUCUAUGCAUCUAGCCGCAACGGCCAAAAGGUGCUGGACGCUGGCAACGCACAUGUCGAAGAUGAUUCGCCAGGCCAAGCUGCCCUCAGUGGCUUUUUGAGUCGCUUCCUUCGUGGCGAGCCCAACUCUGUCUACGUUCACGGCGGUUCCCCCUUCACGACACCCCAGGCAAAGAAGACGCUGGGCAAUGCCGACGACGAAGAGCCACUCCCCGGCGGCGGCUCUGUCCUGCCAGCGUGGCUGGACCGCGCCCUGCGGACCCUUUCACUUCCGAUCAGCUUCCCUGGGUCCAAGGUGACGGAUCUGAUUCAGAACGUGACGAUCAAUGACCUCAAAAUCACCCCUCACCCCUUCGAGAGGGAGAAGCUCCUGUGCAGCGGCACAGUCAUGGGCGUCAUGAACAUGCCGGGCCAGCUCGCCACCGUCGAUGUCGACAUUACGGACCUGUGGCCAGACAUUCUUGUCUAUAAUGGCAAGCCUCCCAGCAUGCGGCACGGAGGUGGUAAAGGUGAUGACGACGGAGACAAAGACGAGGCAGGAGCCCAAGACGAGGAUGGAGAUGAGCCCAGCAAAGACCCAGAUGUUCCGGAGCCCGAGCCUCUGCCAGACCCGCUUCCCAAGGGUGCCUUUGGCCGUGUGGUGCCCCAUGUUUGGGCGCCCGCCACGACCUAUCUGGACCCAACGGAUCCGAAGAAGCAACGCAAGCUCCUCCGUUCCGAGCUCAAGAAUGUGCCUUUCACCGUCCUCCCCGGCCGAGGCGCCGAGUUCCGCUCUUUCAGCUGGAAGAUUGUCACAGGCGAAGGUGCAAGGGCGGGUAUCGAGGGUAAGGCCAAGGCCAAGAUCUGGAACUCCGGCCUCGGAAAGCUUCUGCUUUCUAAUUUGCCCGUCAAGGGUGUCUUCACCGUCGGCAAGCGGGGUGGCGAUGAUGGCGAUGGCGAUGGCGACGACGGACUCCUCCUGUAGAAUCCUUUCCCCAACCUCCUCUUUCCUUUGCUUUUCGAAUCUGCGUUUGUCAUCUUCUUUGAGAUCGUCAUCCUGGGCUAUUCUCACGGGCCUCUUUCCUGAUGCGCCAUGUUUUGUUACGAAUCUGCUUUUCAAUUGAACGUCUCUCACGAUCUCUGUCAC